UGGCCGGCAGAGAGAAAGGAAGGAAGGCAGCGAAGGGGGGGCAACAGGCUCGUUCCAAGUCGCUCAUUCCCCCAUUCGCUUUGAUCGUACAGACCAGAUAGAUUGUGGGUAGCUUCUCACGUGGUUGUGAGUUAAGUUGAAGCUGUGGUUGGAUCUUUUUUGACGAUUAUUAUACCAUGUGUGACAUUAUUCGAGUCUGCUGAAUUAACAUAACGACGUAUGUUAUUUAUGAGCUGUGUUGGGUGCGUGGUUCCUUUAUUUCAGAUGAUACAUGUUUUAAGACUGUGAAUAGAAAGUGUUUUGGUGCAGUUUAUCAGAUAUUUCUGUAUUUUGAUCAGCCGAUCGUUUAGACAUUGCCGUCUUCAUCUGCUGCAGAUCUGAGUCUCCUGCAGUGAACGUUCGGAGGUCCUGCUGCAUCCCAGUUUGUUCAUCUCAGCCCUCGUCCACACGGCGGAUUCUAGAGCAGCACGCAGUGUAUGUGACGUCGUAAAUCGUCGAACGAACAUCACCCAGUUGCCAUCACCAGAAGGUAUCGUGGUACCCGUUGAGAACAGCGACUGAAGUCGUGAACUGUGGAAACCAGACCAAGAAGGAUCUCUGAGGCAGACAGCCCCCUCCUCCGGGCCCCCAGACUUUGAAGUGGAGGCUGCGACAUAACAACUGGCAGUUCGCCAGCGUCCUGGUACAAAAUUAUGAAGGUCCAGCCGUGGGCUUCGCUAAGGGCUCAGAGGCAGGGUCAGGGACUAACGACUUCCAUCCCCCCUCCGGCCGCACGGCACUUCUUGCAAACAAUGCCGACUGACACGCCGAUAAAGGUCGAAGGAAGCUCAGCGGUCAUGGAAGGGAAUGGCCUCAUGGACCACGACCUCCAUGGAAAUGGUCUAAUGCCGACGAUGAACGGAAGCCAGAAUGGAUCUUCUGGGCGCUCAACCCCGAGCGGUGGUGAUCCGGCUCCGGGGAAGUUGUUUGUCGGUGGCCUCAGCUGGCAGACGUCUUCAGAGAAGCUGAAGGAGUAUUUUGGCAUGUUUGGCACGGUCACAGAUGUGCUUAUCAUGAAGGACCCCGUUACCCAAAGAAGCCGUGGAUUUGGGUUCAUAACAUUCUCAGAGCCGGAUACUGUUGAGAAGGUCCUGAAAGUGCCUAUCCACACUCUUGAUGGCAAGAAGAUUGAUCCGAAACAUGCCACGCCAAAGAACAGAGCUAAGGUUGGUAACAGGACAAAGAAGAUUUUUGUGGGCGGCGUGAGCCAGGAUACGUCAUCCGAAGAGGUGAAGGCCUAUUUUGGCCAGUUUGGCAAGGUGGAGGAAACUGUGAUGCUGAUGGAUCAACAGACAAAGCGUCACCGUGGCUUUGGAUUCGUCACCUUUGAGAAUGAAGACGUGGUGGACCGAGUGUGCGAGAUCCAUUUCCACACUAUCAAGAACAAGAAGGUUGAAUGCAAGAAGGCUCAACCGAAAGAAGCAGUGCAGACGGCAACUCUGUUGGGGAAACGCAUGGUUCUGGGCCCGCUGGGAGUUCGGAUGGGGGCCCCGCAGCCCCUGACGCCAGCCAGUCAGCUAGCAGCUGCGCAGGCCCAGGCUCACGUUCAAGCAGCGACGGCAGCAGCCGCACAGGCUCAAAAUGCAGCUGCUCUGGCAGGAUAUGGGAAGCUGUUUGGAACGUACCCGACCCUGGCGAGCUAUCGGUACGCACCGUACCCCAUUCCUACAGCAGUCGGAGCGGUGGGUGGUGUUGGUGCUGGAGUUGGAGGAGUAGGAGCAGCUGUGGGCGCGACAGCAACGCCUACCGCGGCUGCAAAUCAGGCGACCCUCGCUCCGCCUGUACCGGCUAACCCGUACCAGGGGUACAGCCUUACCAAUGUUGAUAUGUCGAGCUUCCAAGGAGUGGACUGGGGCUCCAUGUACGGCAUGGGCAUGUACGUCUGAAGAGUCUCCCUCAGCAAUUAAGCAUAAAUGCAUUUUUUAAUAAGUUGAUCAUCAAGGAGGGGCUUGAAUCAUUCAGAAGUGGUCCUUCAGGACUUCCAACAGGUUUAAUUAUUCUCACCAAUCCUUACCCACCUUCGGUGGCACACGCGCGUGUUACCGAACUGCAACGUCAGACUGCAUUAAAUCUGACGAGUGAUUACGUGUUGCAAACAGAGGUACAAGCGUGUACAGCUCAGUUUUCCAUUUUCUUCUUUGGAAAGAUGUAAGUUUAUAAGGUUCAGCAUUGCCAAAUUUUUGUGUUGUUUAGACAGCGGCCCGGAUGAAAAUGGAUCCCUAGUUCACGCAAAUAUAAGAUACACUCACACAUGAAUUUUAUCUGCUUUUGCUCAUGGGCACAAUUUAAAAAUCUCAAUUGGUAAGCCAGCCUCCCUAGCCUGAAGCAAUAAUAACUCGCAAUAAGCAGUAUUAUCAAUGUCUCAGCAUCUUCCAUAGUUCCAGUCUCGGAACACAGAGAGGUAAACGAGAAUCUCCUAUUAUCCCACCCUUUAAUCUUAAUGAAAGAUGGGUAGUUAAGAUGACGUAGGCUGAUGUAAGUUGGACCCACUGCCUUGUGAUGUUGUUAGAGAUUAUAUUUUUAGAAAUGGCACUUGGAGCUCUCAGCUUCAUUAUGACUGCCCAGUAUUUUUCUUUUUUACACGAGACAUGAAAACAGUUUACCCGAACACGAUCUUCCCACAUUCAGAGCUGUAACUAGGGCAAAACUGUCAUCGCUAUGGGCAACGGUUAUAUCACGCGGGAGAUAAACCGGGUGCCGUAGUGGAAACCGAUUGUGU